AUGAUUAAUUUAGAAGAUUUUUAUGAAGACAUCCCUUUAGCCCAUCAAUAUUUUGCACAGGGAGAAUUUGAAAAAGCUAUAGACAUUUACAGUGGUAUUCUAAAUAAGAUAAAUCCAGAUGAAGAGACUGUACCAUAUUUGUACAUAAAUUAUGCUAAUUGCCUGAUAAAAAAUAGUAAUCAAUAUUUUCUUGAGGAAAUCCAAAAUAUACAUUCUGGAUUUGAUUUAUCUGAAAGGCAGAUUAUAGAAAACGAUCUUGAGAUGGCAUGGAAUAUGUUAGAAAGUUGCAGAUCAUUUUUUACAAUCUUAAAGGAAGACUUCUUGCUCGGUAAAACUUUUUUCCUUCUGGGAGAAAUUUCUUUACUCAACAAUGAAUUUAGAGAUGCCUUAAGAGAUUUUAUAGAAUGCGAAAAUAUUUAUAAAAAGUUACAAGCAGAUUGUACUGAAUAUAUUGAUCUAUAUUUUAGUAUGUCUAAUGCUUAUGAAUUCUUGGAAGAUUAUGAUAUGGCUAUUAAGAUGUUAAGAGACCUUGUGGAGAUAUUUAAAAAAUCUAAUUUAGACUAUUUAGAUCUUCUAGAUAGAAUAGUAGAAAUAAAAUCUAAAAAAGAUAAACCUGUUGUAGAAAAUAAAGAAGAAUUUGAAGAUUUAAGUGAAGUAAAAGAUAUAAAUAAAAAUAAAAAGAGAAUUCUUUAA